AUGCAAAAUUUUAUUCCUAUUUUGACUAGUUCUGUGAAUCUUGACAAGGGAUUAGUUUACACCUUGGUAAAACAAACCAUAGGGAAUGGACUUCUCACUUCUGGAGGAACACAAUGGGUCCAUGAUAGGAAAUUCAUUGCUCCAACAUUCCAUACAAGUAUAUUGAACAAAUAUACCAUGACUAUAUCGGAAAAAACAAAUAUCCUAAUAAAAUGCCUCGAGAAAGAAAUCGAAAGAAAUUCAGGCAAUGCUAUCGAUAUUGUUCCUUUCGUUGGAAAAGUUAUUCUCGAUAUUACAUGCGAUACAGCAAUGGGAGUGAAUUUACGAAUCCAAGAAGUUGAAAGUGACCUUAAGUCUGUAAUAGAUAGAAUGUUUCAAUUAAACUUUGAGCGGAUACUUCAACCGUGGUUCUGGAUUGAUUGGCUCUACUAUCUGUCGAGUAAUGGAAGAGAAUUUAAAUCAGUACUUAAUAAAUUUCAAAAAUUUUCAAACGAGAUAAUACGCAAGAAAAAAGCUUUACGGCAAUCACAAGGCAACCACGUCAGUAUAAAUAAUGAUGACGAAUUUCACAUAGGUGUACAAAAGAAAACAGGCUUUUUAGAUUUGCUGUUAGACGAGAACGAAAAAACUGACAAUCCCUUAAGUGAUGAUCAAUUGCAGGCACAGGUUCAUACAUUUUUGCUUGCAGCCUCUGAUACAACUGCAGCUGUACUAAUUUGGACGCUUUUCCUCUUGGGUAAUAAUCUCGAGCAUCAAGAAAAACUUCACGAAGAACUUGAAAAAUAUUCUCAAGAUGCGGAAACACUAGCUGAUGGAACCAAGUUAUCUCAGUUAAAAUAUCUUGAUAGAGUAAUAAAAGAAGCGCUUAGAUUAUAUCCAGCCGGACCUUUCAUCACAAGAUAUCUAAAUGAAGACGUAAAAAUAGGUGAUUACAUUCUUCCGCAAAAUGUUGAAGUUGUGUUGCCAAUUAUAACACUUCAUCGAAAUCCGGAACUUUGGCCGGAACCAGCAAAGUUUGAUCCGGAUCGAUUCCUUCCAGAAAAUUCGAGAGACAGAAGUCCUUAUGCCUAUAUUCCAUUCAGUGGUGGGCCAAGAAACUGCAUUGGUCAGAAAUUUGCUUUACUUUCAAUGAAAACCAUAUUAACGGCGAUUUUCAGAAAGUGGAGGGUGAAAAGUGUAAAAACUUCGGACAUGAUUCAUUUCCACUUCUCGAUAACUUAUCGACCAACCGAAGUUUUCCUUUAUUUUAUUCCGAAAAAAUAACUAGCUAGCGAAUAUUAUUAUGUCUUGCACAGUGUGGAUUUAUUUCUGA